AAGCUCCUAAGUCUAAAAUUUAAGAGCAAAUCAAAAUUUAGUGCUCCAAUGGGCUCCUAGAUGCUCUUUAAAAAUUUAGGAGCCUACUCUCUCUCCUUUCUUUUAAAGAGCAUCUAGUAGCUCCUAACUCAAUAUUAUAUUAUUUUUCCUUCAAUCUUCUCUCUCUUUUAGGUAACUUUUUCCUCUCAUUUAUAUAAAAUAAAUAUAAAAUGUGAAUAAGGAGCCAAAUAUAAAGAGUAGCAUUGGAGUUCUCACGUUUUCCGGUGUAUUAACUUACUAGGAGCCACAUUUUAUAUUAUUGUUUAGGGAAUGAUUUAGGAGUACCGUUGGAGAUGCUCUCAAGAGACUCUUCAUUUAGGCUCCUAACUUGAGAUUUGAGGAGGGAGAAUCAAAAUGUUGCUCCAAGAGACUCUUAAGUGGCUCUUAAAUCUUAAGAGCCUCUUGUUUCUCUCUCCUCUCUCCUCAAAGUUAAGAGCCACCACAUGACUCUUAACUUAUUUUUUCACAAUAAAAAAAUCAUUCCCUCCAAUCAACCUCCAUCUUUCCCUCUCUUUUGUUAUAGUGGAGCCCAAUAUAUGAAUAAAAUAUGAAAUAGAGAAGAGAUGUAGAGAGUAUUGUUGGAGUUUACACUCUUAACUUUGUCUUAAAUUACUAAGAGCCACAUUUUUUAUAUUAUAUUUAGGAGUCAACAAGGAGGCUCUUAGAGAUGCUCUUACACCAUCAAAAGUACAUAUAUUAUAGUACCCACCACAGUCUUUUGGCCUGCUCACUGCAAUAAGCAGGCUUUUUACGACGGAAGUUUAGACUUCAAUCCGUAUCUAAGUUCCCAUUUAGCAAUCAUUUAGCAAUGACGCUUGAAUCAGUAUUGUCGAUCGAAGACAGAAAGCAAGUCCAACAUAAAAGCACUAGUCUUGCAAGGUUUCGAGAUCUGUACCCACCUGGUUUUCUCAAAAAGGUGUUUGCGGAGAUAAUAGCCACCUACUUGAUGGUGUUUGUGACAUGUGGAGCGGCGGCGCUGAGUGCGAACGACGAAAGCAAGGUAGCGAAGCUAGGAGCAUCUUUGGCAGGAGGACUGAUAGUGAGCGUGAUGAUCUAUGCGGUUGGACACAUAUCAGGUGCACAUAUGAACCCUGCUGUCACUCUUGCUUUUGCCGCCUUCAGACAUCUUCCUUGGAGUUUUGUUCCAGUGUAUGUACUAGGACAACUAACAGGAGCUCUAAGUGCAGCAUUCACGCUUCGGGUCAUACUGCAUCCCAUUAAAAAUUUAGGCACUACAACCCCAUCCGGAUCUGACUCUCAAGCUCUCAUCAUGGAGAUUGUUGUUACAUUUUCUAUGAUGUUCAUAGCUUCGGCCGUUUCCACCGACACCGCGGCUAUAGGUGACCUGGGAGGUGUUGCAGUAGGUUCUGCAGUGUGCAUAACAUCGAUAUUAGCAGGACCAGUAUCAGGAGGAUCGAUGAACCCUGCAAGGACUAUUGGCCCUGCAGUUGCAAGUUCAGUUUACAAGGGACUCUGGGUGUACAUUGUUGGCCCUGUAACAGGAACAUUGCUCGGAAUCCUCUCCUAUGAUUUCAUUCGAACAGACAAACCUCUUCACCCAAUUUCAUCCAGUUGACGUUUAUUAUUCAAAUUACAGUAUGCAAAGGUUGUAGACUAAUCAAGCAUGCUUAUUGAUUUGUAAUCUAUAACCCAUCCACUGCCAUCCCUUCUGUAAAUUAUUGUUGACAAUAAUUUGGUUGGAUAGCCCUCCGCACUGAAUUUCCAUCAAUGAGAGAACGGAGAAACACCACUUUUAGGUAAA